AUGACUGAAAAAGAGGAAGAUAUUGAUCAAUUCCAUACAAAUGUUUCAAUUGCAACUCUAGCCGCGCUGACGCGACUACUAAAAAUGAACACUCAAACUCCCUCCGAUCCCAUUGUCCGAACACUGGAUGCUGCGGGAACAAAAGAAAUGCAAGAGGCAUUCCUCCCAGGAGAGAGCCCACACGACGUCGCAUCAGUUAUCCAGGAAACUAUGGAUAUUUUUGACAAACGUAUGCGUCUCACGCACCCGCACUGCUUUUGCUAUGUACCGUCAUGUCCAUCACCGCUUGCCUGGGUGGGAGACCUGUUCACCUCGCUCUAUAAUGUGAACGCGGUCAGUUGGGACGUGAGUUCCGGACCUAGUGCAAUGGAACAGGCCAUGAUCAGGUGGCUAGCCCACCAAGUUGGUCUCCCUGCGUCUGCUACAGGAUGCUUCGUCUCCGGUGGUUCGAUGGCAAACCUAUCCGCCGUUGUGGCAGCUCGAGAUAAAUUGCUCCCCCCUUUACGGCGGCCUGAGGGAACCAUAUACGUAUCAGACCAGACGCAUAUAUCGAUAAAGAAAUGUCUUCACAUAAUUGGCUUCCACGAACAUCAAGUCCGCGUUAUCCCCACAGACCAGGCAUUCCGCAUGGAUAUAGCCAUCCUACAGCGAACGAUUGCAGCCGACCGUCAAUGUGGCCGGCUCCCUUUUCUCCUCGUGGCUAGCUGUGGAACCACUAACACGGGAAGCAUUGAUCCCCUCCAUGCUUUAGCCGACGUGGCCAAAGAAGAGGGGCUGUGGCUGCACGUGGAUGGUGCCUACGGUGCAUCAAUUGCCCUCUCCGACAAGCACUGCCAUCUCGUCAAUGGAAUUGGUCGCGCAGACAGUAUAUCAUGGGACGGGCAUAAAUGGCUAUUCCAGACAUACGGCUGUGGCAUUGUCCUCACUCGUGAUAGCACAUCUCUCGCCAAGAGUUUUGCCGUGGAUGCGGAAUAUAUCAACUCAACGACACCGCACGGGGCUGUGAAUUUCUAUAACUUUGGCCCUGAGCUCAGCCGCCCAGCACGAGCUAUACCGCUUUGGUUUACGCUGAGAGUGCUAGGUCGUCGAAAGAUGGGAGAGAUGAUUGACCACGCCUUCCUUCUCGCUCGCACUGCCGAGGACGAAAUUCGACGAUAUGCGCAUUGGUUGAUCCUGGCGCCAGUAACAGCGAGUAUAGUCGUCUUCCGAUACGCCCCACCGGAUUUAAAGGACAAUGAGCUAGAUGAACUGAACUUAGCCAUCUCGACUCGACUUUUGACGGAAAAUGUUGCUUCCAUCUUCACAACAAACAUUCGUGGCAGGGUGGCCCUCCGUUUCUGUGCGAUGAACCCUUCCACCCAAACAGAUAUGAUCAUGAAGGUAGUGCAACAAAUGGACCAAGUGGCCAGCACAAUUUCUACUCCCAAAUCUGGAUUGUGCAAGGACUGCAAGGACUAG